CGAUGGACUCGCCCGGGGGUCUCCGGAGAGAGUAGGUGAGUUGUGUUUAGCUAAAGAAAUUAAGCAAAGGUAAAAAUAUGUUUGGUGGCUACUACUAUGGCUGGGACCCUAUAUGUACUGUUGAUGAAGUUAGGUGCUGUUCUGAGCAUCAUUUGUGGUUUUUUGGUUGAGCGCGUGGCUCUGAAUUGCUAUUCUGUGGUCGUUACUAAAGUUGAUUGACCCAAACUUAAUUUUACGCUGGAACAUACCUUUAACUUUGGUAAACACUUGACUUCAGCGGCUCUGUAAAAAUUCGGUUAAGUUGUCUCGUUGGGAGGAAUAUGUAAACAGAGUGGGUCUCCUUUAGGCUGGUUAGCUUCUGUAGCUAACAAGAUACUUAGCAGUGCUCUGUAUCACAGCUUCUUCAACUUACCCUGCACGUUGUCCAGUCUUGACUGCUUGUUUUCCCGACUCGUUGGUGUUGUUCUUUUUAACCUUCCCCAUCUCACAGCAGUUUAUUUCUAUUCAUAGCAAAAUUUCUUCACAAAACAACCCCACAUGUGGAGCAGCGUGUUUAGCUUUUCACCUACGAACUUCCGUUCAAAGAUAGGGAGAAAUUACAGUAAAACAAGCUCUCACUCCGUGGGCUUUUUGGCGUACCAACUUGGAUGUCUGCUGUCACUCCGGUAUUAACGUCUUCUUAUAGUCAGACUCUUGAAAGAAAAUGUUAGAGAUAAGUGAUUCCUCCAGCCUUGAAGAAAUUUUACGCUUGUGAAGUCCACACAUCGUGAGUGGAAACAUGUUAAUGCUCUUACUAACCUCGUUUACUUCUCAAGCUGAAAUACAAAGUGUCAAAUCAAAGCGUUUGAAAAGUAAAUUUGAAUAUGAAGAUGAUAUUUUUCAAAACUUCAUAUACUUUAAACGCGUUUUUUAAUUAACGACAUUCAUUUCAUCAGCUGAAAUAAUAUCACAGUGAUAAGCUGUAAUUCGCGACGAUCUUUGUCGUGAUUGUCGUGGAUGUAAGAAAACGCCGCUGCUGUUACCAUUUGAAACCACUAGAUGGCGAUAGAAUCUCAACAGCGGCAAAACAUAGGCUCUGCAUUGUGCAGUUGUGUGUAUCAUCCACAUUUGGGAUAUACUGCUUGAAGUUAAUCCAAAAUUAUUGUAGGUGAAAUAUUAGUAUACCGAUAAGUUUAAAUUUAACGAAUUUUAAGAAUUAGACUUGAAGUACAAUCUGCUUGUGCAGUCCACAACAUUUACAACUGUUUGCAGCACAUUAAUCAUUUUGUUCCUGAGCCCACUAUGUGAAAAUAUAAAUACUAUCUCAUUAAAAAACAGUUGGUUUUAGAAUUUGAGACUUUAGUGGGCUAUAAAUGUACAUUCAAACCCUGUUAAAGGUUUGAGAUGAUUGAUUUAGUGGGUAAGUGAGCAGAGAUUAUAAGUGACUAAACAAGAGGGAAGUGUAAAUUAAUGAAAUAAACAACAUUGAAUAGAGAGUGUGUCAAAACACAUGUCCUUUAAGUGUGAAUAGACUAGAUUUUAAACUCUAAUUAUCCCCUGAAUGAGGUGUGUGUGUGUGUUUCUUUUUUAAUAGGAGGUUUGGGAUUACAACCAGACAUAAUCUGAGAGACUGCUGAUUGAAGGUUAAAGACUUAUUUCAGCAACAGGGAACAGUAUAUACAGCUAGUACACUGCAAAUCACAACUGUAAGAAUACCAUAGGAGUGCCACAUGGAUCUAUACCGGGACCUUAACUCUUUUUUUUUUUACUGUCAAAUAAAAGAGUGGGCGAUUUCAUCUUUUGUUUGCAUGUUAUUUUGUGUUUAAUUGGAGGAGAUGAAGAGAUCAUGGGACCUACAAUGAUGAUAGCAUUAUGCAAUUAUCUCUGGCUCAGCAACUAACACGUCCUAAUUUUACUCCAAAACCAAAGCAACUGUUUCCAGUGACUGUCAUCUGCACUGGUCACUCUCCGCUGCACAGACCUGAUAUCCUGAUAUCACCUAAACUGCCUGUCAGCUGUUACCUAAAUACAUCCACUGUUCCAUAUACUGUGAGACAGACAGUGAGUGUCAUGGAGUUUAUUUACUGGUCGCGUCAUAAUCUUCUCAGUGUGAGGUGUAUAAGAACGCUUCACAAAACACAACUCAUCAUGCAACGGCAGACCGCGGUCCAUACAGCAAGACAGCAGAGCUUCACAUGAGGUGAGUAGAUCUACAUUAAUAAUGUAGAUGUUUUCAUUAUAACUUAGUGCACAUGAGAUUUUUGAGAUUGUUAUCGAUUACAUUACAUAAAAUUGCCAUCUUUAUGAACUGUAUCUGUAAAUUCCUCUACUCCGAGUGCUUCCUCAUUUUUAUUUUAACAUUGAAUAUAUUUACAUUUUACUUAUAACAUGCUCAAAAACUAUUAAGUAACAUCUUGUUUUACUUCCGCCAAAGUGUUAUCAUCAGCUACUCUCUCUAGAUUUAACUUCGACUCGUGUUUUUACUUUCUCGUAUCAUCACUUUGGUUGACUUUGGUAAAUUCAGGACGGUCCUUUGAGUGUCAGAGUGACUCAUGAGGUAUUGUCAGGUUAGGACCUCAAUCUAAUUCAGCAUGUCCUCUCAGUAAUCUGAUUAUGAAGGUGCUGUGAAAGCAUUAUAAAGGGAUUAGAGGAGCUUUCAUUGUCUGUAUACAAGUUUGUUUUUUCUGCAGAUAAUAGUGUUUAGAAGUGUUUGUAAUUAUAGCAGGAUCAUUCAGUCUGCAUCAGUUUGGUAAGACUGCAUUUAAGCACAGCAAUAGAAACAAAAGCAGAUUCUUGACUUGAGUGAAAUGCAUUUAAAUUUGGGGAAGAUUCACUCAAUUUUUACAUUUAACUCUGACUGUUUGAUUGUAGUUCAAACUACCGAAGCAUGAAUGUGAAUGUGGCCAAACCUGAAGUAAAGACUGGCAGCAAAGCCCCCCCAAGAGUCACCGGCCCAGGAUCAGGCCCACCCAAGUUCAAACAGAGAAGCAGCCGCACCUUCAAGAGCAAACCUCCCAAGAGAGGAGUGAUCGGGUAAGUUUAAGUAAAUACAAACCAAGACAGAAAGUCUUCAAGAGAUGCAGCUUGUGAUUUUGUUUUUGUCACAGAUUUGGAGAGGACAUCCCGGGGAUGGAGGGCCUUGGUAUAGGUAAACAUGGAUACAGCUGCACCACAAAUAAUUUUAAAAAAUAAACAAUUUCCUUUUUGCUUCUCACUUUUCCUUCUCUCUUUUUCUCUGUAGAUAUUACCGUAAUCUGCCCGUGGGAAGCUUACAGCCAUUUAGAGCUCCAUGAGCUGGCUCAGUACGGCAUCAUCUAAGAAGUUGUUUGUAUAAACUAAAAGGAAUUAAUGAGGCAAACUUGAUCACAUAGAUUGGCCUCUUUGAUUUAUUAUCCACAAACUCAAGAAGCAGCAGCAAGUCAAAAUAUGUGUGUAUACAAAGACUGUUAUUUUGUACAAUCAAUCCAUUUUCAUACGACUCUUAAUAUACCUUUCAACUGAUGCUCAGUUUGCUCUUUGUUAGAUUAUUUUGUUACUGACUUCAAGACAGAAUCUCUGAAUAAAACCUGCAAUUUUCCAAACACUGUAAAACUUACGUGUGAUUUUUGUGUUUGAAAUGUUGCAUAAUCACAACGAGGAGAUAGUUUUAUUUGUCCCUUUUUAAAAGAAAAAAGAGGGUUAGUAGAAAAAGUUAACACAAAAUGAUCAAAACAAUUGAUAUUGAAAGUAUAUUCUGAAAUAGUGGAAAUAGUUGCUGUGGUUAAUUUGAAGGUACAGCUUGCUUUUUUUAUGUUUCCUUAUUAUUUGUAGGUUAAAUUAUGUCCCAAAGAAGUCAAGGUUUUCAUGAUAGGUCAUGUAGAUUUUGCAUCUCAAAGUUCAGGCUAUUCUCACAGAAUUUCCUCUUGAAUCUCAACAUGAAUUUUUGCAAGCGGAAAACUAAUAUUGUGAUUUUUCAUCAUGAUAUUUAUUUCAAAAUAUGCCUCCCAAAAAUAGCUGAAGUGUAUCUGUUGUGUUGCUCUUUCAAUUCCAAACUGGAAAAAACAGUCUGUUGUAAUGUUUUUGUACAGCAAUGUUAGUAACCGUUAACCCAUGUUGCUGUGGAGUUUAUGCCAGUAAAUGCUGUCUAGAAGUCGAGUGGUGAUGAACAGAGUCAUAAUUUGGAUCCCCAGUACGAUGAUCGCAGCAGUCCCUAUCAGGCCCAUGUGCAGCUCGAUCCAGCGUGAGAUUCCCCCCAGACAGCCGCCCAGGAAGAUAACGCUCUGAGCGGUAAACUCGUCCAGCAGCUGGGCUCCGACGCCACACUGAGUGUUCCACACGGU